AUGUCAUCUUUCGACCCUGUUGAUUCCGACUCCUUCAUGGGAUUCGACCCUGCUUUUUCUCUCUUCAAGCGAUGUGUUACCUGCUCCGGUAGCGCUCCAUCCUGCCCAGCAUGCGAGUCCGGUUACACAUGUAGCAUGACCAGUCAAUCGUGUACCUCUUGUGCUUCUACCAAAUGUGUUUCCUCGGGCGCUCAAACCACCACCGCGUCAUCGCAGCCAAAGUCUGGUGGUGUUAAUGUUGGUGCCAUCGCAGGAGGUGUUGUGGGAGGUCUUAUCGCGCUUGCAGUGAUUCUCUUCUUGAUCUGGUGGUUCGCCAUUCGCGGCAAGAAGCAAGAGCGCGCUGCCCAACAAGAGAAGAGCAGUGAAUUUGCGGCCGCUCGAUCAACACGUCAAUCUACACAGUCAAUUGCAUCGACAGUUCUCACCCGGGCCUCCAACGUCAUUCAAAUCGCCUACAUUCCUGGUGUCACCAACAGAUCUCCUCCCGAAACUCCUGCUACCCUGGUUCCUCCUGUGCCUCCACUUCCAGGUGCUCACCCUGACCAGCACUUCUUCAUGCCCGGAGACCUUCGAGACUCCUCUUGGACUACGCUCAGUGGAGCCGGACAUCACCAAAGCAUGUCACCGACUCUUCGAAGCAGUGUUGCGACCACAAUCUACCGCAAUGACGCCAUUGUCAGCGCCAUCCCCGCUCAACAGAUUAGCAGAACGCGCGCAAACAUCGUCAGUGUCCACUCUGGUCUUCCUUCUGGCGCCAAUACCCCCGAUGUUCCUGGCACUCCAGUGGUGAUCACGCCGGCCGAUGCGCCCGCGGUCCCAGCCAUCACAUCUGCACAGCUCGCCAAGGCUGGAGCAUUCCCAGCCGUUCCAUCCCCCGUCGCUUCCAACUCUAGCUCCUCUAUUGUUGCCCGUACCGUCAUGGCUAAACCCGUUAUGGUUCGAGGCCCCUCAUUGAAGAAGAAGGUCCAAGAUACGUCCUCGGCUGAUGAGCGCUUGUCUGCUACCAAUUCCGCACAAUUCGACCACCAGACCUCUACUUUCGAUGGUUCUUCAUCCGAUGAAGAUGAUGAUACGCCACCCUCCACCUCAUCCUCUAACAACACCGCCGCCAAGAAGGGCAUCCCUACGAUCUCUAUUGUCGAAGUCCCCGAAUCUCCCGAGGAAGACGCAGAGAACGCAAGCCCCUUUAGCGACCAGAAAGGCAAGAAUUCAAGCUCAACCGACACUGCAAAGCGCAGCUCCCGGCAAAGCGCCCGGGAGGCUCCUUCUCGCGUGGAGAGUCCAUUCUCCGACGUGAAUGAAGUGAGAUUAUGA